GGGAGGGCGAGUUACACCCUGUGAGCAUGCUUGAGGAGAGAGGGACAGAGAAAAAAAAACUCAGUUUUCUCAGUUGUUGAGUGGAGCAGUCAGUGGGGUAGCAGGACAAGAAAAAGCGUGAGGAGCAAAUCGCUACCAUAAGGAACCGCACACAGUCCCACGGAGAGGAAGCGCAACAGCAGAUAAAAGGUGGAAAUAUCAACAGAAAUGUUGAUAUUUCAAAUGGCGAUCCUGCUAUCCGCAGGGGCGUGCGUCCUUGCCCAGGUACCAGAGUUCAGCGAUGUGUGCACGGAGGGGAGCUGCUACCCCGCCACGGGAGACCUUCUCAUCGGCAGAGCCCACCAACUCUCCGCCAACUCCACAUGCGGCCUCCACCGGCCCGAGCCGUUCUGUAUCGUCAGUCAUUUACAGGAGGAGAAGAAAUGCUUUGUGUGUGACUCCACCGACGUCUAUGUCAAAAGUGUGGUGAAUGCCACCACCGGCCACCGGGUGGAGAAUGUCGUGACCACAUUCGCCCCCAACCGCCUGAAAACCUGGUGGCAGUCAGAGAAUGGUCUUGAGAAAGUGACCAUCCAGCUGAACUUGGAGGCAGAGUUUCAUUUCACCCACCUCAUCAUGACCUUCAAGACCUUCAGGCCUGCUGCCAUGGUGAUUGAGCGGUCAGCUGACUUUGGGCAGAACUGGCAGGUGUACCGCUACUUUGCCUAUGACUGUGAGUCCGCAUUCCCUGCCAUAUCCUCGGGGCCCAUGCAGAAAGUGGAUGAUGUCAUCUGCGAUUCACAUUACUCCGACAUUGAACCAUCGACAGAGGGAGAGGUCAUCUUCCGAGUUUUGGAUCCAGUUUUCCGUAUUGAAGAUCCCUACAGCCCCAGAAUCCAAAACAUGUUGAAGAUCACCAACCUGAGGGUGAAGUUCACCAAGCUGCACACUCUGGGAGACAACCUGCUGGACUCCCGCAUGGAGAUCAAGGAGAAGUACUACUAUGCUGUCUACGACUUGGUGGUCCGGGGUAACUGCUUCUGCUAUGGACACGCCUCAGAGUGUGCGCCCGUCGACGGGGCUGGCGAUGUUGUCGAGGGCAUGGUCCAUGGCCACUGUAUGUGCAACCACAACACCAUGGGGCUGAACUGUGAGAAGUGUCAGGACUUCUACCAUGACCUGCCCUGGAGACCAGCCGAGGGACGCAAUACCAACGCCUGUAAAAAAUGUAACUGUAACCAGCACUCAGACUCGUGUCACUUCGACAUGGCAGUAUACGUCUCCACGGGCAAUGGGAGCGGUGGUGUGUGUGAUGAGUGCCAGCACAACACUAUGGGACACAACUGUGAACAGUGCAAACCCUUCUACUUCCAGCACCCAGAGAGGGACAUCCGUGACCCCAGCAUCUGUGAAUCGUGUAACUGUGAUCCGGUGGGCUCUCUGAAUGGCGGGAUCUGUGACAGGAUGACUGAUGUGUCGUCUGGACUGAUCUCUGGCCAGUGUCGCUGCAAGCCCAAUGUGGAGGGAGAGCGCUGUGACCAGUGCAAACAGGCCCACUACGGCUUGGGAGACCACCCUCUGGGCUGCCUGGCCUGCACCUGUAAUGCCCUGGGGACAGUUCCUGGAGGGAACCCAUGUGAUACAGACUCGGGAGACUGUUACUGCAAACGCCUGGUCACCAGGAGGGACUGUGACCAGUGUAUGCCUCAGCACUGGGGGCUAAGCAAUGACAUGGAUGGCUGCAGACCAUGUGACUGUGACCUAGGUGGAGCCAUCAAUAAUGAUUGUUCCCAGGAGACUGGUCAGUGUGUGUGUCGAGAACACAUGUUUGGCAGGCGCUGUGACCAGGUGGAGUCAGGCUUCUACUUCAUCGCCCUGGACCACUACACCUACGAGGCAGAGGACGCCAAAUUUGGACCUGGUGUGACAGUAGUUCAGAGACCCCACCCUCAGGACCGUAGCCCCACCUGGACAGGGGUAGGUUUCGUCAAUGUUCCCGAGGGGGCCUACCUGGAGUUCUCCAUCGACAACAUCCCCCACUCCAUGGAGUACGACAUCCUCAUCCGCUACGAGCCUCAGUUACCAGACCAGUGGGAGGAGGUGUUGAUGACAGUGAUGCGGCCCAGUGUGAUCUCAGCAGACAGUCGCUGUGCCAAUACCAUGCCUGACGACGACAACCAGAUGAUAUCCCUCCACCCCGGAUCACGAUAUGUGGUGCUCCCCAGACCAGUGUGUUUCGAGGCAGGGAUGAACUACACAGUUCGUCUGAGUCUGCCCCUCUACUCUGCACUCAGCGACAUCCAGUCCCCAUAUACACUCAUUGACUCGAUUGUGCUGAUGCCCCACUGUAAGAACCUGGAGAUCUUCACUGGUUCUGAGGGCGGUAACUUGGCCACCAACAGUGCCUGGGACACCUUCCAGCGCUACCGCUGUCUAGAGAACAGCCAGAGCGUAGUGAAGACCCCCUCCACAGACAUCUGCCGCAACUUUAUCUUCAGCGUAUCCGCUCUGCUGCACCAGGGAGCUAAAGCAUGCCAGUGUGACCCGCAGGGCUCUCUCAGCACAGUGUGUGACGCCAGCGGCGGGCAAUGCCAGUGUCGUCCCAACGUGGUAGGCAGGAACUGUGACAAGUGUUCCCCUGCCACCUACCUGUUUGGACCCAGUGGCUGCAGAUCCUGUGAUUGCAGUCCCCAGGGAUCGGAGCAUGCGUUCUGCCAUGAGGCUACAGGCCAGUGUGCUUGUGUCCCCGGGGCGUACGGCCGUCAGUGUGACCGCUGUCUGCCGGGUCACUGGGGCUUCCCCAACUGUCGCCCCUGCACCUGCAAUGGCCACACAGAGCAGUGUGACCCCUACUCCGGAGAAUGCCUGGACUGCCGAGAACAGACCACCGGACACAACUGCGAGAGGUGUCUGGAAGGUUACUAUGGUGACCCUGUCCUGGGUUCAGGGGACCACUGUCGUCCCUGUAUGUGUCCGGAUGGGCCCGGUAGCGGGCGGCAGUUUGCCGGUGGAUGUUACCGCGGUCUGGACUCUCACUACCAGGUGUUUUGUAUCUGCAGCCCUGGGUACAGAGGUGCCAGAUGUGAGGAGUGUGCCCCAGGUUACUAUGGAAACCCCCAUGAGAACGGCGGGCAAUGCCAACCGUGCCAGUGCAACAACAACAUUGACAUGCUGGACCAGGAGUCCUGUGAUGCCAGGACGGGUGAAUGUCUCAAAUGUCUCUACCACACCGAGGGUCAAGGCUGCCACAGCUGCAAGCUGGGUUACUAUGGGGAUGCCCUCACACAAAAUUGCAGAAAGUGUGUGUGUAACCACCUGGGCACCAACCCAGCCACAUGCCCGUCGGUGGGCGACUGCCACUGUGAUCUGGGCAGUGGGCAGUGCCAGUGUCUACCGAACGUGGUGGGUCAGCACUGUGACCUGUGUGCCCCCGACACCUGGAACAUGGCCAGCAAGAGGGGCUGCGAAGCCUGCGACUGUGACCCCAACCACUCAUUUGGAACAUCCUGCAACGAGCUGAGUGGCCAGUGCUCCUGUAAACCUGGCUUUGGGGGUAAAACGUGUCGGGAGUGCAGAGAGCUGUUCUGGGGAGACCCUGAAGUCAAAUGCAACGCGUGCGACUGUGACCCACGAGGCAUCGCCGAGCAGCAGUGCAACAAGGCCAACGGUCACUGCGUGUGCUUGGAGGGCGUGUCUGGUCCCCGCUGUGACGUCUGCGCCCGCGGCUACUCUGGCACCUUCCCCUACUGUGAACGCUGCCACCAGUGCUUCACCGACUGGGACGUGAUCGUGGGUCAGCUGACCAACCAGACCCACAGGCUGGUCAACAAGGUGAACACCAUCAAGGCCAGCGGCAUCACCGGACCCUACAAACACACCAUAGAUAACAUGGAGCAGAGCGCCGGGGCCAUAAGAACUAUCCUGGCCCAGAACCCGGCUACACAGCCACUGUCUGAGAUACAGCAGCUACUGGAGCAGGCCACAGAUCUAAUGGAAGAGAUGAGCAACAAGCUGAACCUCUCUGAGGAGGCGUUGGCCCAGGUAUCAUCUGAUGACAACAGCACCAACACCAAACUGGACUCUCUCAAAGAGGACGCCCAGAAACUGGAUCGCACCGUCAAGGAGCUGCUGGACCAAGUGGAGCUCAUCAAGAACUCUGAUGUUCGGGGAGCGACAGACAGUGUCACAAAGUACUACAAGCAGUCUCUGGCUGCUGAGGCUCACGCCAAUGCCUCCACCACCGGCCCAGGCAACCCUGUGGAGAGCUCUUUCGUUCUACGACAAGCUACAGAGGACAAGAUGAAUGACACCAGGGAGGAGUUCCACAGGAGGCAGGAAGAACACGCCAAGAGACUGGACGACCUGGCGGAUCAGCUGGAGACAUUGGACCUAUCAGAACUCAGCGAGAAGACGUGUGGUAGCCCAGCUGGUGAGGUGUGUGCAGACUCUCUGUGCGGGGGGCUGAGCUGUGUGGACUCUGACGGGAACAGGAGGUGUGGGGGUGAGGGGUGCAACGGUCUGGUCACCCUGGCCAACAAUGCCUGGCAUAAGGCCAAGGACUUUGACCAGGAGAUCCUCAUGGCCAUGCAGGAGGUGGACAAGCUCUCCAAGAUGGUGUCGGAGGCCAAGGUGAAGGCAGACGAGGCCAAGCUGAGUGCCCAGGACGUGCUGCUGAAGACAAACAAGACCAAGCAGCGCGUGGCCCAGAGCAAUGAGGAGCUGCGCAGCCUCAUCCGACAGAUCAGAGACUUCCUCACACAGGAUGCAGCGGACAUGGAGAGCAUCGAGGCAGUUGCCAACGAGGUGCUGGCCAUGCAGAUGCCCAGCACGCCAGCCCAGCUCCAGAAUCUGACAGACGAGAUCAGGGAGAGGGUGGGAGACCUGGCCCAAGUGGAGACUAUCCUGAACCAGAGCGCCGACGAUGUGCAGAGAGCCGAGAGCCUACUGGAGCAGGCACGCAGAGCCAGUAAAGAGGCAACAGAUGUGAGGGAAACAGCAGAGAUGGUGAAGCAGGCUCUGGAAGAGGCUGAGCGUGCCCAGAAAGCAGCGGCCGAGGCCAUCAAACAGGCCACCACCGACAUCAAUGGCACCAAUGACCUCCUGACCUCAGUGGAGUCGGAGACAGCGGACUCAGAGUACAAGCUGAACAACACCACCCAGAGGCUGCUCCGGUUAGAGCAAGACAUCACACUGCUCAGAGAGAAGACACUGAACACCUCGCUUAGCUCUGAACAAACCGAGAGAGACGCAGAGACCAUCAACAAAGUGGCUGAGCAGGUCAAAAAGGACCUGGACUCGGAGCUGAAGGAUAAGUACAGCACUGUGCAGGACCUGAUCAAACAGGAGGCCGGGGGCGUGGCCGACGCCAAGAAGAGGGCGGAGCUUCUACAGCAGGAAGCCACAGACCUGCUGCUACAGGCCAGCGACAAGCUGCAGCUACUGAAAGAUUUAGAGAAGUCCUACGAGGACAACCAGAAGACUCUGGAAGACAAGGCCAACCAGUUGGUGGAUCUGGAGAAGGCUGUCAAAGAGCUGCUGCAGGAGAUCAGUCACAAAGUCACUGUGUACAGCACCUGUCUGUUUUAAACACAACCCCCAGUACGGGGUUGUGAAGGAAACUGGUCCCCAAGGCAAUAUGAAACCCUAGAGACAUAUUAAACGUACCACCCACUCACACUCCCUGGUUUCAUCAUUUGAAAUCAAAGAUUUCUGUUUACUUUUAUACUGUUUCUAAGUCAAACAAGUGGUAUUUGUGUGGAAAAAGCAGGGGAUAAAAAAAGAUGUAAUCUGUUUCUAUUUGUAGGAAACGAGGAGAAAGAAUAAGUGAAAAUCAGAAUCCUGCCAAAGAGUUUACCAGCCAAGUUACAGCCAACAUUUAAGAUACACAGUACCAGCCAGACAUCAUCGCCUACAUAUACAAAGUGACAUGAACCAGCCACAGACUUUACAACUACCUUGCUUGGCAGUACUUCUAGCACACAGUAUGUGUGAGAAUGUUAUGGUUAGAAUUUUUGAGAAUGAGAGCUUUGAGGCGAAUUUGUGCUUACAGAUAUUUGGAAUACGAAAAAAAUAAAAAGGAAAAUGUGCAUUGUUUUGAAAUGUUUGCAAAGAACUGCCCUCUCCAGCUAAACCAGAAUGUAAUUCAAUUAUUUUUCUUGAGCUUGUAAACCAAUGUUUAGAGGGCGGAAAGCAUGAAUGUAAAGGUUUGACUUACAUUUUUACCAUGAGACUGGAUUAUUUUGUAUAUUUGUAAACGGCAUUGUAUGAACCAACUGUUUACUUUCAAAGUUACGUAGACCAAAAACUUGACCAACAAAUUUAUUUGUAAAUUUUUUUUUUAACUACCCAUUUGAAAUCCUAUCAAAUAAGUGUUAUAUCUCGACAAGUUAUUUUUUUAAUUUUAUUUUUACAUAUUUGUAUUUUGAGCCUUAGCCUCUCGCCUUUCACUGUAGUGUACCUGUUCUGGUAAGAUGGGGAAGUGUGCCGAGUGCUCCUCAGAGCAGACCUCCUGUGUACACUAAGCAUUAGAUCCAAUGCCUAGGCUAGAUCUGAAACACAAGAGACAUUAAGCUACUCACAGUUGUUUUUAUCCUUGAUUUAUAAUUUUUUGUUGUAUAGUGUCCUUGUUAUUUUUUGGAUGAAAGGCGCUUUAAAGCCAAUGUAUUACAAUGAUUAGUACUAGUAUAGGGCAAUUGUGACAGGACUUUUCAUAAAUUCUCCCAAUAUGCCACAAAUCUCAAUGAAAUCUUUCCUGGAAUAAAUCAGGUCUGAUAUGUUUGAAUUGGUGAUAGCGGGGUGGUAACCUUCAUUUGACUUAAAUCACAAAUGGAUUAUUCAAUCACACACAGCCUAUAUUAUGGACACUGGCAAAUAGGUUAACCUGGUUGGGUUGUAUGACUUUUGUGUGAUGUCAUUGUUACCUGUGAAACUAAAAAGAGCACGAUCCUA